AUGAUCAGAUUCAAUACCGAACUAUCGUCACCCCAUUAUUUUGCUACGGAGCCUCAUUAUCCAAAUGUUAAAGCAAAACAGUUCGCGGAACUUGAUGAUAUUGACUUGACCGGUGUUGGAUCUGAUAUGGGAGUGAUUAUUUCAAAGGGAAAUAAAGGCAAUCAUCCCAUCAAAUUUAAAGAACAUUUUAAAAGAGAGCUGAGACAAUGGGAAGAUAUUGAUAGGCGGUUUGCACAAAACUUCCAAACUAUUGAAGCAUUCACUUCCGAGACGGCAGGUGAUACUGAAGCACCCUCUUUCGAGACGACGGGUGAUCACCAAUCACCCAAUAUUGAGUAUAGCGCUAGUAGAGUAUAUGGGAUUUCGGUGGUUGAGGAAACAAAUAUUCAACUUGAGGUUGAGUUGAAUGACAAUGUGGAAAUUGUUAACGACAUUGGGGAUGAAAAUGCGGGGAGGGAUGGUUUCAGAAGGGUGCGUCGGCGUGGGCGCGGCAUAGCGACUCCUCCAGCACCUCUUACAAGUGACAGAAGAGAGAGGAAGAAACCCGAUAAAUUUAUGCACUCAACUGAUCACGUGAAAGCUAUACGCGCAAAAACGAAGAGAAAGAGCAUGAUUCAAAUAUUAUUCUCUAUUCGAAAGAAGUGUGGGAUUUCGUUUAGGAAGAGUAAUACCAUUCUUGGUCCUGGUUUGCAUAGGAUGCACAUUUAG